GUAGUCCGGCGGGGCGGGGCCACAUGGCCUAAGGGGCCCGGGAGAUACCUGCUGGAGGAGUCCAGUGUUGCACCAUCCCAGAAACUGCUGUUAGCCCGCCCUCGCUCGGCGCGCCGCCCGUUGGCCCCUGCGCUGUCCGCCCUUCCCCUAGCGUUAUUUCCGGGCCCGCGCUGAGGAGGUUCCUGCGGCUGCCAGGAGGUAUCGUGUCGGCUCACAAGAUAAUAGCCAGCUCUCCGGAAAUGAACCUGCCCACGGUGUCGGCCCUCAGGAAGAUGGGUGUGAACCUGACACGCAGCAACAAGGAGACAGUGAAGCACAGCGACGUCCUGUUUCUGGCCGUGAAGCCACAUAUCAUCCCCUUCAUUCUGGAUGAGAUUGGGGCCGAUGUACAAGCCAGACACAUCGUGGUCUCCUGUGCGGCUGGUGUCACCAUCAGCUCUGUGGAGAAGAAGCUGAUGGCGUUCCAGCCAGCCCCCAAAGUGAUUCGCUGCAUGACCAACACACCUGUGGUAGUGCGGGAAGGCGCUACAGUGUACGCCAUGGGCACCCAUGCUCUGGUGGAGGAUGGGCAGCUCCUGGAGCAACUCAUGAGCAGCGUGGGCUUCUGCACUGAGGUGGAAGAGGACCUCAUCGAUGCCGUCACGGGGCUCAGUGGCAGCGGGCCUGCCUAUGCAUUCAUGGCUCUGGAUGCAUUGGCUGAUGGUGGGGUGAAGAUGGGUUUGCCACGGCGCCUGGCAGUCCGACUCGGGGCCCAGGCCUUGCUGGGAGCUGCCAAGAUGCUGCUGGACUCAGAGCAGCAUCCAUGCCAGCUCAAGGACAAUGUCUGCUCCCCUGGGGGAGCCACCAUCCACGCCCUGCACUUUCUGGAGAGUGGGGGCUUCCGCUCUCUGCUCAUCAAUGCAGUUGAGGCCUCCUGUAUCCGAACACGAGAGCUACAGUCCAUGGCCGACCAAGAAAAGAUCUCCCCAGCUGCCCUUAAGAAGACGCUCCUAGACAGAGUGAAGCUGGAAUCCCCCACAGUCUCCACACUGACCCCCUCCAGCCCAGGGAAGCUCCUUACAAGAAGCCUGGCCCUGGGUGGCAAGAAGGACUAAGGCAGCGUCUACCCCCUCUGUGAUUUAGAGCCCUCAGUUGAGAGCCCCUGCCCCACCCCCUCCAUUGCUCCUCCUCACCUUUGCAAGGAGAAAGCAGGCUCAGGUAGUUUUCAGGGCUUUGUGAUAAAACCUCCUUAAAUCUGUUCAGACCAAGCAGUGUGAGCUUCCUCUCCUGUCCCAUGUUGGAAGAUGCUCUGAAGGGGUGGUAGAUGCUGGAAGCCAGACACAACCCUGCAUACCCCACUCAAUUGGCGGAAGCUGGGGCUGGGACUGGAGUCAGCCCAGCUGGGAGGAAGGGCUGGGGAGGAUCUGCAGCUGAAGCCCAAGGCAGGGCUAGUUUGAUGCCAAGGCAAAGUGGUGAGAGAGAAAAUAGGAAAGGGGCUUUUCUCUGAAUUGGUAAAUGGGAAAGAAGUGAGCAACUUAAGAUUGUCACCAUCACAAGUGUACAGGAUUAGACUGUGUUUAUAUUUAACUCUUGCUUCAUAGGUGUACCAUUUAAUGCUAAGUUUAACUGCUUUAAUAAAGUUUAAUAAAGUUUAUUUUUAAAUAUC